AUGGGACACGGGAACUGGGUGCUGCAGAGGCUCUGCGAGGCUGAUGGCUCGGUCUUGGCCACAGGGCACAAGAAGGAGCUGCGGGAGCUGUACCAACUGGGCCCGCAGUUGGGGAGCGGUAGCUUUGGCACCAUUUUCUCAGGGACCCGCCUCUCGGACGGGAGCCCGGUGGCCAUCGAGUGCGUGGCCUGGGACAUGGUCCUGCAGUGGGACGAGCUGCCCAACAGCACCUGUGUUCCAACGGAGGUCGUGCUGAUGGAGAAGGUGGGCUUUGGCUGCUGCAGAAUCAUCCAGUUCCUCAACUGGUUUGAGCUGCCCGACAGCUUCCUGCUGGUGAUGGAGCGUCCAGAGCAAUCUUGGGACCUCUUGCACGUCCUGCUGGAGCAAGAGUUCCUGAGCGAGGAGGCAGCACGCUGGCUUUUCUGGCAGGUGCUGGAGGCUGUAUGGCACUGCACCGCCUGCAGCGUCCUGCACUGGGACAUCAAGCCGGAGAACCUCCUCGUCAUCCUGGAGACUGGCGACCUGAAGCUCAUCGACUUCGGUUGCGACACUUUCCUCCAGGAAUGGGCCUUCACACAGUUUGCAGGAACACGCACGUACUGCCUGCCCGAGUGGAUCGGCCUGCGCUGCUACCACGGCGAUGGGGCGACCAUCUGGUCCCUGGGCGUGCUGCUGUUUGAGAUGGUGUGCAGGCACUUGCCCUUUGAGAACGAGUGUGACGUGUUGGGGCAGCCCAUCUUCCCGCAGGAGGUCUCUCCAGAGUGCCAACAUCUGAUCCGCUGGUGUUUGUCCAAGCACCCCAUGGACCGGCCGGUGCUGGAGCAGAUCUUCUACCACCCUUGGGUGUUGGGUGGGCAUUUCUGA